GCUAAGUUCGCUAUGUUUAUUUAACAGCUGAUUUGAACGAAUUUUGUGCAAAAUCUGAUUUACAAUUUCACCGUGUAUAAUUUUUAAGAUAAAAAAUGCAAGAUGAGUGAGAACUUAAGAGAUGUUACAGAAAUAUCUUCGAAUGUUGAAGAAGAAGUGACCAAGCCAGAAAUAAACACUUAUUUAACCACAUCUGCGACACCAACACCGAAGUCCGAAGAAUCAGUUUCAUCUACCUCAAUUGAACCAAAAGAAUGCUCUCUUACUUCUACAGAACAGAAUGAGAAAACAGCGGAUGGUAUGACAUCAACGGAGGUCAAAGAAAAAGAAAUUACCUCUUCUAGUGAUACGAAUGCUGCUUGUACUAUACCAAGCACAAUCAAGACGAGUACAGAGGAAGAUGUAGAAGAUUGCCCCGUAAAAAUGCAAAAAGGCUCUUUGGAGUCCUCCACAGCUAUUGAAAACCCAAGCAAAGAACUUAGCGAAACUUCUAUAAAUCCAGCUGCCACAGAACUAAAAGAAUGCACUUUUACUUCUACAGAAAAUAAUGAGAAAACAGCGGAAAGUAUGAAAUCAACUGAGGUCAAAGAAAUAGAAAUAACCUCUUCUAGUGAUACGGAUGCUGCUUGUACUAUACUAACCACAAUCAAGACGAGUACAGAGGAAGAUGUAGAAGAUUGCUCCGUGAAAAUGCAAACAGAUUCUUUGGAGUCCUCCACAGUAACUGAAAACUCAGGCAAAGAAUUUUGCGAAACUUCUAUAAAUCCUGCGGUCACAGACCUAAAAGAAUGCCCUCUUACUUCUACAGAACAGAAUGAGAAAACAGCGGAUGGUUUGACAUCAACGGAGGUCAAAGAAAAAGAAAUUACCUCUUCUAGUGAUACGAAUGCUGCUUGUACUAUACCAAGCACAAUCAUGACGAGUACAAAGGAAGAUGUAGAAGAUUGCCCCGUGAAAAUGCAAAAAGGAUCUUUGGAGUCCUCCACAGCUAUUGAAAACCCAAGCAAAGAACUUAGGGAAAAUUCUAUAAAUCCAGCUGUCACAGAUGUUAACGAUGAAGCGAAUUCUUCUUCUCCAACAGUUUCCGCCGGUACGGAUGUGGAUGUGAACUAUGCGCAACACGUGACGUAUGAGGAAGAUGGCAGCGCCAUCUACACAGACCCCAAAACCAAAUAUCGCUACAAGUGGAGUGAAACUGAAAAUACUUGGCUCCCUUGCGACACGGCAAAGAAUGACUCUAAAGCAGAGACCACGGCCAACCCCUACGAGAAUGAACACUACAAAUGGUGCAGCCGGACUGAAAAGUGGAUACCUAAAGUGCAAACGACAGAGACCGAACAUUACAAAUGGGAUGCUGAGAAGGGUGAGUGGAUACCAAAAGAUAUUGGUGCGCAAACAAAUCGAACAUCAAAGCCUGCUACUUCUGAUCCCGCAAAUGUGGCUUACGAUAUUGAUGAGGACGGAAAUCGCGUUUAUACAGACAAGGAUGGAACAGUCUUCUUCUGGGAUGCCACAAAGAAUGCUUGGUUUCCGAAAAUCGAUGAUGACUUUAUGGCGCACUACCAGAUGAAUUACGGCUUCAUAGAUAAUACCAGCGCGUCAGAGGAGGAGAAGCGGCGCAAGGCCGAGGAAGCUGAAAAGCUCAAAGAACUGGAAUUGCAGCGGAUGACUGAGGAGGCAAAAGCCGCUGCAGAAGAGACAGACGCAGCGUUAAAAGGAGUUGGUGACGCCACGACAACCACGAUUGCCGGUGCUAAGCGAAAAGCACAAGAGCCACCAAAAUGGUUUGAAUUGGAUCCUGAGCACAACACAAAAGUUUACGUUUCCAAUUUGCCGCUGGACAUCACAAUGGAUGAGUUCGCGGAACUUAUGGGUAAAUGUGGUAUGAUAAUGCGCGAUCCACAGACGCAAAAGUAUAAACUUAAACUAUAUGCCGAGCCGGAUGGGCAGUUGAAAGGCGAUGGCUUGUGUGACUACAUAAAAGUGGAGUCUGUGGGCCUGGCUUUAAACAUCUUGGAUGACUACAACCUGCGCGGUCAUAAAAUUCGUGUUCAACGUGCCGAAUUUCAAAUGCGUGGAGAGUAUAAUCCAGCAUUGAAGCCGAAACGAAAGAAGAAAGACAAGGAGAAAUUGCAGAAAAUGAAGGAAAAGUAAGUUUAUUGCGGGCCCCUUGAUAUUUCUUUAUAUUAGGGGUAUUCCGUUAAACUCUCGAAUCCCCGAAUGUCCCGAAGGUCGGGCUGAACUGUUAAAAUGUCUAUGCAGAAUGCAGUUGUCCUGGUUUUCGAGCAGAAGAGAUUCAUUCGCAAAAUUGUCAUUUAUGAUCGCCAUUCUGAAGGUGUCGCACAAGUUAAUAUGGCUGAUCCUGAAGAAGCCGAUGUGGUUAUACAAAUGAUGCACGGACGGUUCUUUGGCCAACGGAAGUUGACUGCAGAGCAUUGGGAUGGAAAGAUGAAAUACAAAAUUAUUGAAUCUGAGGCCGAGGUAAAGAAACGACUUAACAAUUGGGAUCAAUAUCUAACACAAGAGGAAAAUGAACGCAAAGAAAAUACAUUAAAGCCGGACGAUGCAAAGGAAGAAGGCGAUAUGCUAUGUGACAAUGAAGAUAUUCAAUGCGGCGUAUUAGAAGAAAACUCUAAAUCUGCUUGCAGCGAUGUGAAAGCGUUGGAUAAUGAUUAAUUUCAUAGAUCGACAAGAAAAUCCAAACUGACGCUAACUACUACUGAUUUUUAUGCAAAGUCUGGACUCAGUUUCUUCGAUUUUUUAGGAGACUCCACAAUUUAUAAUAUUCAACAAUCAAAUAAAUAUAUGCAUCAGCCAUGCCCGGCGCUGGCAAAACUUUUGCACUUUCUUAUGGCGUUCUGCCAGCGCUGGGUACAGUUGGUCUGCACCAUUCCUGCUGGUUCUUAUAUAAAAUAUCCUACUGAAUCCGAAUAUGACUUCUUGUUAUACAUAUGUACAUAUGUAUAUGAAAUAUCCAUAUUUAUUUGUAAUUUUUUACACUUAUUAUUUUAUGUGGAAAUUUUCAAAAUUUCUCAAUAAAAAAUACAAUUUUAAUAAUAAUUUCAAACAGAAUUCAUGAUCUUCAAACAGACGAAAGUUAUGUAUGAAAAUAGGUUAAGCUUGGAAACUCAUUCCAAUACUGGCAUGCCAGUAUAACUGUCAUAGUCUCAUAUUUUAAUUCGUUAUCAACCUCGUCUUCAGUACAUGGCCACUGCAUUUUUAAUUUCACUGGCUUUUGAAUAACUGGAAUUAUGUAAACAGUUGUCAUUCCAGUUCACCGCUGGUCUGACUCACUGGAAUGACAUGCUACUGGCAUAAUGUAAACGGCAUAAUUCAAAAAAUUAUGUACAUAUGUACAUAUGUAUAUUCGGAUUCAAGCGUUCUUUUGCAUAACAACCAUUUAUGAGGGUUUCGGGGUAUGUACUUUGCCGAACCGUGUUACUCACAUUUCCUUCAUGAGGUUAUUUAAUACUUAAGUAUAUAUGUAUGUACAUAUGUAUAUUUCGCGACAUGCUAACCCAUAAUGGCAAAUACAUAUGUGGAACAGGAAAUCGCAAUUACUAGCUUUUCAAUAUUUGAAAAAAUAAAAAUAAAAUAAAAUAAAAUAAAUUUUGCGCUAAAAGUGUUACUUUGA